CUAUAAAAACCAUCGACAUUUCAUACAGCUGCAACUUGUAUGGAAGCAGUAUUGUUUUUACUUGAAAUACAUAAAAUGCAUUUUGUUUGGUUUCCUUUCAUUUUUUGUUUGUCGGCUCUGUCAGUUGCUGUGAAUUCAUGGAAAACGGAAAACUGGCCACCUGCAGUUGUCUAUCAGCACUACGAUGUUCCUGGUUUAGUUAGCAGAUGCUCACAUCAAUGCAACCCAAAUAUGGAAGAGGUAAAAGAAUUUGAACUUACAACCGACAUGAAAAACUUACCAAACAGCAAGAGCUUGAGAUGCUACUUCAACUGCUUCUGGGUUGAACUGGGCGUUAUGAAGCCGGGCAGUGUCGUUGUCGAUCCCACAGACUUUUUUGAACUCAUGGACAGAAUGACAAAAGAAGAACAGGACAAAUACAUGAUAUUGAUCAGGGGUUGCACAAAACGUCUGAGCAAAAUCAAAGAUCCCAUUGAAGUUGCUUAUCAAGCCAUGGUUUGUGGCAAACAGAAUAGUAAUGAGUUGUUUUAUCUUUUCUAUUGAUCGAAGGAUCGGGGAGUAGAAGUGUGAAAUGAUUGGGAAGGUUUUUACGUAACUAAAUUGAAUUCUUAGUUACGAAAAUGAAACAAUUAAGUUUAUUUCGAUUUGGAUUUUUUUUUGUUUACAUUUAAUAUGUAGUAAAUCAUGAUUUUAGGCAUAUUUUCAAUUAGUU